AAUGCUAAAGUAACCGGCUAAUGCUACAGGAAGCUUGUAUCUUCAUGUAAUGCUAACACUUGUUUACUAGCCUUUAAGCUAGCUAUGUAAAGUUAGCCAACAUCAGAUAAAUAAGAACACAUGUGGUAAACCAGCUUAACUUUCAGUUUAACCAUAGAUAGAUUCUUUAAUAAUCCUUUACAGGAAAUUACAGUGCCACAACAGCUUCAAGACAGACAUAACACCACACAUUUCAUCAGAUAGCUUCCAUACUUAAUAAGUUAAAAUACAAUAAAAAAUACUAAUUUGUGCAUUAUCAAACCUUAUAGCAGCUGGUAUACAAGACUUCCUGUGUCUCUCAGUUUUGCACAUUGGUGCAAUCAGUCUCUGACUGAAGGUGCUGCUCUUGAUCACCUUCAGGGCGUGGAGUGGGUGAGUGGGGUUGGUCAUUAUUGAACCCAGUUUGUUCAGAGUUCUGGCCUCUGCCACCUGCUGGACCGUUAGUUGCUCAGCCCCGACCACUGAUCCUGUACAUUUCCUUGCCACAUCGCAGCCAUGAACAGCAGCGCAGAGAGGAAGUUUGUCAAUCUGAGGAAACGUCUGGACCAGCUGGGCUACAAACAGCCGCUGGGGAUAGAGUCACUGCCACUGGUGGAGAAACUGUUCAGUGACCUGGUCCACACUACUGAAAGCCUGCGCAAUGCCAAACUGUCAACAGGGAAAACUGAGAAAGAGAGCAGAAACAUCGAUGCUCUCCUGGAGCCAUACAGGGCAGAGAAUGCUCGAGCUGUCAGGGAGAACAAUGAGCUUCACCUCGAGCUUCUGAAGCUGAAGGAGGAGAAGGACCGAGUCACCAGAGAGCUCAAGACUCACAUUCGAAAACUAGACCACGACACGUCCGACCUGAAGUUUUUGAAUAAUCAGUAUGUGCACAAAGUCCGCUGCCUGGAGAAGGACAGCAAAGCUAAAGCUGAACGCAUCCAGCAGCUGCAGGAGAAGAACAUGCAGGCUGUGGUGCAGACGCCAGGUGGAAAGAAGCGCAGCAUCCCUUUCAGACGUCAGAGAAUGCAGAUUGAUGAGCUUAUACCGUCCUCUUCUACUUCAGCAUACCCUGUCUCUCAGCCUGAUGAUCCGUACAUCGCUGACCUGCUGAUGCUGGCAGAUGGAAGAAUUAAUGAGCUUCAGGAAGACAUCAUAAAGGUCAAACUUGAGCUGGAAAAUGCUCAAGAAUAUAUAAAACACUUAAAUAAUCAGGUGGAAGAGAGGGACAGAGAGAUCGAGCGGCUUAAUCGCACUCUUCACGGAGGACGGCCUCAUGAUGUUAUUUCCCUCGAGGCUCAAAACAUCAGUAACGAGAAACUGAUCGACCAUCUUAACCUUCAGAUUGAAUACCUGCAGGAGUCCAACAGGACUUUGCAGGAGAAGGUAGAGGGGCUGCAGCAGAAGAAGAUGGAUGCCACCACAGAAGUCGCCAACCUGUCUCUGAAGAACCUGGAGCUGUGUGAAGAGCUGACGCACAUCGACGACCUGGCCAAGCGGAUGGAGAUGGACAAGGAGCGAGUGUUAGAGACGGCUGACAUGGAGCUGCAUGAUGCUAAAAAAGAACUGCUGAGGCAGCAAAAAAUCAUUGAGAACCUGGAGGAUAUAAUCACAAAAACAAGAAGAGAGCAGUCAGAACGUGACUUUGAAAAAGACCGCCUGAGAGACGAGUUGUCGGAGCUCAAAGAGCAGAACGAGAAGAUGGAGGGAUUGGUGAACUUCCUGGAGGAGGAGAAAAUCAGGCUGCAGGAGAAAAUGGAGAAAAUGACGGCAGCUGACAAAGACCUGGUUCUGGAGCUGGAAGCCAUGCGGGCCAAACAUGGUGUGUGUGGAAGAGAACGCUCCCCAUCACAUCUGGAUGCAUUUGUUAAAAGUCUAGAGGAGGAGAGAGAUUAUUAUCGGCAGGAGGCCGAGCGCUACAAGGGCGUCAGAAGAGCUGCUGGUCUGGAUUCAAGCCCCAGUCGUAGUCCAGGCAGGAGUCCUCGGUCCAAAGUGAGGAGGGUAAGAGAGGACAGAAAGGAAAAAAAGAAAAAUCCUGAUUUAUUAUCUGUUAAAUUGAAAAAGAGCAUUCAUGUGACGGCUUCAUAUUUCCAGGGCGGUGCUGCAGAGUCCGAGCUGCUCCGCGUGCUGAAGGAGAGAGACGAGCUGAAGGCCGCUCUGCUGGACUUUGAGAGGCACAUGGAGGAGAUCCAGAACAAUGUGAAGGUUCUCAGCACGGAGAGAGACCAUUUCAAAAAGCUUUUCAAACAGGUUCAGGAUGAGCUGAGGUUGGCCCGUAGCUCAGAUCUGUCCGAUGACCUCGUGAACCUGAAGGAGGAGCUCAAUCGGGCAGAAAUCCAAAUGCAGCAGGUGACGACUGAGAGAGACACACUGAUGGAGAGACUGAAGGUUGCUCAGACUUCAGCUCUCACAGACAGAGAGGAGAGGAGGAUUCUGGACCUGGAGAUCUCCGUAAAGAGUUUGGAGCGGGAGAGGCUGGACCUGCGGUCUCAGGUGUGUCUGCUGAAGGAGAACAGGGAGGCUGCGGAGGAGGAGCUGAAGGUUCGGUCUGCUGCGCUCCUUCAGGGUGUAGAGGAGGUCACGCAGCAGAGGGCGGAGUCCAACGCUCUGAGGCUGCUGCAGGAGCAGAUGGAGCAGUCACUGUCUGACACACAGCACAGGCUGUCUGUGAAGAUGAACGAGCUGCACGCUGCACACGAGCUGAUAGACAACCUGGAGAAGAGAAUAGAGGAGCUGAGUCAGCAAGGCUCAAAGCACAAAGAGGAGGUGUCAGCUCUGCAGAAAUCCAUCUCUGCCCUGGAUAGAGAGAAAGAUGCUCUGCAGGAUGAGGUGGAUCAAAAGACUGAAAAACUGGUUGUUCUCCAGGAGGAGUUAUCUAAGAAGGAGAAGACGGUUGAAGACGUGAGACUCACAGUCACAAACAUGGACAACGCACUAGCCCAGCUGCAGGGGGCACUAAACAGUCGAGAGAGGGAGAUUGGCAGCCUGAGGAGGCAGCUGGAGGCUGGUCAGGAGGAGCUGAGUGGACUCAGGAGGGACAAAGAGAUCACCAUCAGAGAGAACAGGAGGCUGCAGGACGACCUGGCUACAAUGACCAGAGAGAAUCAAGCUGUCCAUGUGGAGAUGGAGGAGGCUCUGCAUGAGAGGGAUGAGCUGAAGAUGAGGGUCCACUCGUACAUAUCAGAAGUGUCUCGAAUAGAAAAAGUGAUGGCCCCACAGGAGCAGGAGAACAGGGACCUGCUGGAGCGUUUCAUGACGGCUCACUCUGAGGUGGAGCAGCGGGAGCAGAAGCUGCAGCAGGCUGAAGGUCUGAAUAACUCCAUACGUCUGGAGCUGCUCUCUUCAGACACGGAGCGCCGACACCUCCGAGACACCAUCGGACACCAGGAGAGAGAAAUACAGCAGCAUACUCAGGCCCUGCAGGCGUACGAUGCUCAGGUGUCGUCGCUUGCUCGCGGGAUGUCCCGACUGGAGGAGGAGCUCCACAAAGCUCAGGAGGAGAAGGCGGCUCUCCUCUCAGAUCUGGCUUCUGUCAGGGAGCUGUGUGUCAAACUGGACUCCGGGAAGGAGCUCACGGCCCGGCAGCUCACCUCCAGGAGCAUGGAUCUGGAGAGGUUGACAGGAGAGCUCGAGGACGUUCGCUCAGAGGCCGAGCUGCUGAAGAAACAGCUGGCCAGUGAGCGGUUGACCGUCCGUAACCUGGAGACGCUCCUCUCCUCCAAUCGGCACAAAGAGUUCCAAACCCAUCUGACGGCCAGCGAGAGGGAGUCUGAGCUGAAGGUCCUACGUGAUAGGCUGACCCUGGCCGACAGCAAAACUGUGGAGCACAGCAGGGAGGUUUCUCAGCUCCGCGGUAAAGUCUCUCAGCUGCAGACGGAGAUGGACGUCCUGAAGAGACAGCUGACCUCAGAACGUUUCGAACGUGAGCGGGCGGUGCAGGAGAUGCGGAGACAGGGCCUCUCCUUCUCGUCCCUGCAGAGUUCUUUACCUCUCAGCAGCUCCAGCAGUCAUCACCACACGUCUCCUGACCGCUCCAUCCUCCGAACCCUUAACCGAUCCUCGGACAAGUCAGCAGACAGGAGUGUGAGCUUCAAGGAUUAACAACAGAAGAAACACUAAUGAGGGCGUUGAUCAGUGAGUCAGAAACCACUAGAAGCUUUUUUUCUUCUCGUCUCGAGUUGGGACAUGAACUGUGACGACUCUGGUGAGCCUCAGUGUUGAUUAACCUGAAACUUAUCUCAGUGCCACUUUGUGAACCAGGGUGAAAUCCUGCCCGGGGCUUCACUGAAGCUGACGACCGCACUAACAGCCAAACAAAAAUAAAACCAAGCUCUCGGCUGAGCUUUGAGGAGGAGGUGUUGUUUCUGAAACCAACUACGACCUCAAACAUGUAGCAAAUGAAGUAUUCAUUCAUUCCUGUGGUUAUUUGUUUUCUAACGCUUUAUAUUCAUGUUUUAAUAAUGUUUAAAUUAUUAAAUUAUUCACAAAAAUAAAAUGAUGAACAAAUAAGAAAAAAACGAUAUCUGUCUCUAAAAUGAAGCUUUUAUUACAAAGAUUGGAAGAAGCUGAAAAACCCCUUCACAGGAAACAGACAUGAACUCUCCACCUUCUCCAACGUGUGGACGACAAAACAAACAUAAUACAAAGUUUGGUCUUGUAACCUUAUUACCAUCUCUAUGGAUGCAUACUGAACCGUUGCAUUAAUCGUAACAGUGCAUGACGGGAAACACUUUGAAAUGAGGGACACACAGAAAGACUAUUUCAGUCCCCGAUACCAGCACCUGUACUUAUCAGCUGAUAUCAGGACGUGUGAGUCGCUUGUCUUUUGUUUUUGUUAGUUUGUGUA